AUGGUUACGAGAAAUCUCUUACAUACUGGGAAAUACUCUGACCUCGUCAUACAAUGCAACGGCCAGGCGCUUCGCGUACACCGUGCCAUUGUUUGCUCCCAGUCUCCUUUUUUUGCUGCUGCUCUCAACAGUAACUUUCGGGAAGCUGCCGAGGGUAGAAUUAUUCUUCCAGAAGAUGAUAUGGAGACAAUCAAACGAGUAGUAUCAUAUUUAUACCUGCAGGAUUAUGACCAGGAAAGGAACGGCUUGGGCUGUCCUGAGAGCAAAGAAGCUAGGAGCGUUGCCAAUUGUAACAGUGGAGCGACUCCCCUAGACAACGCCGGCGAGACGAAAUCACCGGAGAUGGAGACCAGUCUUGCAUCAAUAUCAACAGCUAGUGAAGCGACCGCAUACAAUAACCUUCACGUGUAUAUCGCCGCGGACAAGUUCGGUAUCGAGCCUUUGAAAACGCUAGCAAGAGACCGCCUAGCCAACUGGAUGAGGCGCAAUUGGAACGAAGAAGUAUUCGCCCAGGUCGUGAGGGAUGUUCUUCAGUCUUCUCCUCCGCAUGAAAAGGAGUUCCGUGAUAUUGUCAUCGGUGUGAUUAUAGACAAUAUUCAGAUUGUCAAGCAAGAGCGAGUGAUGGCUCUCGUGGGCGAAUUCGGGUUUCUCGGAAGCGCUGUGGUUAAGGAGCUGGUUCAGCAUCUACAAUUCUCUACGAAGAAGCGCAGGCAGCUGGUUAAGCUCUGUGCUUUUGUUUUGCAAACAUUGCAGAGCCGAGUUCAAUCUGCGGAUAGACGGUGA